AUGAGGAGACUGAGUUCAGAUACCCAGCCCCAUCCAAAUACUCAGAUGGAGGAAGAAGGGGAAAUCAUCAUCCCCUUUGCUAAAUGUUCCAGAGUUGUCAGCCGAAUUUCAAAUACCUGCUUGCCUUCUCAGAGUUUAAGUCUGACACCCAAGAAUUAUGAAGACUUCUUUUGGGAGAACAUGAGUCAAAGGCCCAGCCUCGCCUGGAUGGAGGAACAGUACAUUCCACCCCCACUGAGAGUCUCUGGUAGCUCACAGCCUGACCUGUAUCGCCCAGAAGGGCUCCUACCCCCUGAGAUGCUUUGCAGAAGAAAAAGGAGAUCACAUGUGUCAGGGAUGCAGCAGGGAACGGGAGGCAUCCCAGCCCAAGUAAGGGCUGUCACUUACCACCUGGAGGAUCUAAGGAGGAGACAGAGAAUCAGCGAUGAACUGAAGAAGGCCCAGUGGGGCAACUCUGGGGCUGUAUCUGUGCCCCUAAUGCUUGAUGAAGGUGACUGUAGAUUCACCCAAUGUCCUGAUAGAGAUGAGGAGAGAGCACCCUAUCCACAGGAAGAGGACCAUUGUCUGAAGCCUGGAAGGGCCCAGCUGCUUUGGUCUCCCUGGAGUCCCCAGGACCAGGAGGGGUCUUGCUCUUCCCGGCAGCACGUUUCCUACAGCACUGACACAGCCAGUGAGAACCCCCUUUACAAUUCCUGGCGGCUGGAGCUGCAGUCUGAGGAGUAAGGAGAAAUUAUCCCAGUCCAAGAGGAUGGCACCGACUGGAACCCAAGUCUAGCUCUCCUCGCUAGCAUCGCCUCAGUUUCUGGCAUCAAGGCAUUUCCCUUGACUUCAGCCUCCCCCCGCCCCCCAACUUCCUCUCCCAUUAAAUACUCCCCUCCCCGGAGUAUCACCUCGCAACCCAGCUCCACUAAACUCCCCACCUCCUGUUGUCUCCCAGGCCCCGCGGCCUGUAACUUCGUUCUGCCUGUUCCAUUAAAAAGUAGAGUAAGUUGA